AUGGGAUUAGAAGAUAACGCACUCGUGCGUAAAUAUGUUAAUGUCGGAGAGAAGAAGGCGGGAUCCACUGGUAUGGGGAUCUUUGUCGGAUUGUUUGCUGCGUUUGGAGGUAUUUUGUUUGGUUACGACACCGGAACCAUUGGUGGAAUCUUGGGAAUGAAGUACGUGACAGAAAGAUUUCCUCAAGACUGGAAACACGAUAAAGGUGUUCCACAACAUACAUUCUCAUCAUCGGAAAAAUCUCUUAUUGUGUCGAUUUUAUCGGUGGGUACUUUCUUUGGAUCUUUGCUUGCUCCUUUACUUAACGAUACCCUUGGACGUCGUUAUACAUUGAUUAUUUCUUCUUUACUUGUGUUCAAUUUGGGAGUUAUUUUACAAGCUGCUGCCACAGCCAUUCCAUUAUUCUGUGCGGGUAGAGCCAUUGCUGGAUUUGGGGUGGGAUUAAUUUCUUCUUGUGUUCCACUUUACCAAUCAGAAUGUACUCCCAAGUGGAUUAGAGGUGCGGUUGUGUCUCUUUAUCAAUGGGCAAUUACCAUUGGAUUGUUGCUUGCAGCCUGUGUCAACCAAGGAACCAAAAACAGAAACGAUUCUGGAUCGUACAGAAUUCCUAUUUCCAUUCAAUUCUUGUGGUCGUUGAUUUUGGGUAUUGGUAUGAUUCUUUUGCCUGAAUCUCCUCGGUUCUACAUCCAUGUUGGUAAAGAUGACAAGGCCAAAGAUUCGUUGAGAAGAUUGAGAAAAUUGCCCAUUGAUCACCCAGAUUUAAUUGAAGAGUACAUGGACAUCAAAGCCGCUUACGAGUUUGAAUGUUCGUUUGGAAAGCCUUCUUUGGCUAUGCUUUUCUCCAGAAACAACAAGCAGUUCAAAAGAUUGAUGACGGGUAUUUGGCUUCAAGCUUUCCAACAAUUGACCGGUGUGAAUUUUAUUUUCUACUACGGAACCACAUUUUUCCAAAGUGCUGGUAUCAAAAACGAGUUCUUGAUUUCCUUGGCUACCAACAUUGUUAACGUGGGAAUGACAAUUCCUGGUGUUAUUGCAAUUGAGCUUGUUGGACGUCGUAACUUGUUGUUGAUUGGUGCCGCAGGUAUGAGUAUCUCGCAAUUAAUUGUGGCCAUUGUGGGAGUAGCAGCAAGCUCCAAGGCAGCUAACCAAGUGUUGGUGGCCUUCUCGUGUAUUUUUAUUGCAUUUUUCGCAUCCACUUGGGGUCCUAUUUGUUGGGUGGUUGUCGGUGAAAUUUUCCCAUUGAGAACAAGAGCCAAGUCUGUCGCCAUGUCUACCGCUUCCAACUGGUUGUGGAACUGGGCAAUUGCAUACGCUACCCCAUACAUGGUGGACUCUGGAAAAGGAAAUGCCAACUUGGGUUCCAAGGUUUUCUUCAUUUGGGGUGGGUGCAACUUUUUGUGUUUCUUCUUCACUUACUUUAUGGUCUACGAAACCAAGGGUAUGACUUUGGAGCAAAUCGAUGCCAUGUACGAGCAUGUUGACCACGCUUGGAAAUCUCCAUCAUAUGUUCCACUCGAGCACGAGUUCAGAGGAGAAAUGUCUCCUCAUUCCAGCACCAAGGCCGAGGGUAUUUCCGAGGUCGAAGAUGCUUCUGUAUAA